UGCAGAGCUAGGGUGGCUAGCAGAGCGUCUGUGAUUUGUGGCGUGCGCAACUUUUAUUCGGGCAGUCAGCGAGUCAGCUGCCGACAGCCCGACAAAUUGAAAGCUUCGGAAGUGUCAAAGAUGACCCGAAAUAACAAGAGAAAUGUAGCUGUCGGAGAAGCGUUUCGCAUAGCCGUCACGACGGCACUUCAAAAAUUCUAUCAAACUGAAGACCAGACAGAGUAUGAGUUUCCGUCAUCAUUCACGGCUGAGGAGCGAGCAUUUAUACACAACUACUGCCAGACGUUGAAUCUGAAGUCAAAAAGCAGAGGGAAAGGAUCAAAUCGUUUCCUUACCGCCUACAAGAAAGUUGGUUCCACUAUAGUUCAGGCUGAUGCCGGCUUCAAUAUGGGGCCCCUCUCGUGCCGAUUUGCCAUGCUGCUUCUGCAGAAGUUCCCAGUGAAUUCUCAUGAGCGCCAAGAGCUAUUGCCUCCCACUGAGCGAGAACGCCUUGUUGGUCAGGAAGUGCGUGACGUGAACCGCACUACGGCGCGACUCAACUGUGGCAUUCCACAAGUUCCACCUCGCUGUGAAGGUGCCCUAGAUGCCCAGCGCCAGCGUCUGCCCAUCUGGCAGAGCCGCCAGAAGUUACUGACCACCAUUGCUCAGAAUCAAGUGACCAUCAUCAUAGGAGAAACUGGCUGCGGCAAGACAACUCAGGUGCCACAGUACCUGCUGGAACAGAACUGCAGCCUAGGUAAUCCGUGCCGCAUUGUCUGCACUGAGCCCAGACGACUGGCUGCUGUGGCCGUGGCCGAGCGCAUUGCUACAGAACGAAAUGAAAAGUUAGGCCACACUGUGGGCUACCAGAUACGACUAGAGAACAGGGUGUCGCCUAAGACCUUGCUGACGGUGUGCACUAAUGGCAUCCUCCUGCGCACCCUCAUGGGCAAUGACUCUGCAAUGGCAACAAUCAGCCAUGUCAUUGUGGACGAGGUUCAUGAGCGGGACCGAUUUACCGACUUUUUGCUUACUGUGCUGCGGGACUUGCUUCCAAAGUUCCGGAAUCUAAAAGUUAUUCUGAUGUCCGCAACCAUGGAUGUGGAGCUGUUUGUCAAAUACUUUGGUGGCUGUCCUGUUGUGGAAGUGCCAUCACGAUCAUAUGAAGUGAAGGCCUACUUUCUGGAGGACGUCUUACGAUUGACGGGAUACACCAGCCAAGCCAUGCUGAAGCUGAAGAAAAGCAGGCCCAGGGCUGAGCAGCAGAAAGCGCAGCUUGCCAAGUGGUGUGAUAGCCAGGGCGUAACCACAACUAGUACUGACCCUUCAGCUAACAGUCGGUCACCUGAAGAGGACCAGGAGGAAAGGAAGGAUAAUGGCGAUGAUGGGGAUUCACCCGACAUUGAUGCGCACCUGACUGCAGAGAUGGACCGGGCUCUGCAGAAUGCCUGGAUGACAGGAACAGAUGAGGCUUUCUCUCAGCUGCUGUACUACAUCCUCUCGGACAAUGUCUCGGUCGAGUACCGCCACAGCGAGACGAGUGCCACAGCGCUGAUGUUAGCCGCUGGUCGAGGCAAGGUGGAAAUAGUGGAGGAGCUGCUGUCUCUCGGGGCAGACCCCCUGGCUCGGGCAUCAAACGACUGGACGGCCCUCGAUUGGGCACAGCACUUUCACCAGUCAGGGACAGCCGAAGUUAUCCUGGCUCACUUGUUGGUCAUGCAGAACGGGCUUCCAAAGUCGGAUGACUCCGUUGGCAUUGCCGAGCAGGAGUUCACGGCUGCAGAGCGGGAGCAGCUGGACCUGUACCUGCGCACAACGAAUGAUGAUGAGACCGAUCUAGAGUUGCUGCUAGCCCUUCUGCAGAAAGUCCAUGCAAGCUCUGAAGAUGGUGCCAUUUUGGUGUUCCUUCCUGGGUUCGAUGACAUGAGCACGUUGAGGGAUAAAAUUCUGGCAGACAAAAAUUUUUCUGGACAGAAAAGGUAUGUCUUGUACAUGCUACAUUCCAACCUGCAGUGUAGCGAGCAGCGGCUAGUCUUCAACACAAUGCCACCUGGGGUUCGAAAAAUUGUUCUGUCAACCAAUAUUGCUGAGACAAGCAUCACCAUCAGCGAUGUCACUUUUGUCAUUGACUCCGGCAAAGUUAAAGAGAAGUCAUUUGACAGCCUGACAGGCACUAGCCUGCUCAAGUCUGUCUGGGUGAGCCAGGCGAGUGCCAUGCAGCGUCGAGGCCGGGCGGGCCGCACCCACCCCAAUGGCGUCUGCUUCCACCUGAUGAGUCGGCAGCGCUUCUGCAGCCUGGCUUCUUUCCAGCAGCCUGAGCUGCUUCGCCUGCCACUUCAGGAACUGUGCCUCCAGGCAAAGCUUCUUGUGCCACCUAACGUCCCCAUAGCUGACUUUCUGGCCCGAGCUCCAGAUCCUCCUGCAUUCUUAGUCACUAGGACGGCUGUCACCCUACUGAAGACGAUCGAUGCAUUGGACCCAUCUGAGCAGCUGACAGAGAUGGGCCUACACUUGCUCGACCUUCCCAUCGAGCCACACCUGGGGAAGAUGGUGCUCUAUGCAGUUGUACUCAAGUGCCUCGACCCAGUGCUUACCAUUGUUUGCUGCAUUGCUGUCAAGGACCCCUUUGUGCUCCCCACGCAACCGGGCCAGAAGCGACCUGCGUACGUAGCAAGGCGUAAACUGGCUGGUGGUACCUACAGCGACCACAUGGCUCUUCUUGCUGCAUUUCAGCGCUGGCAGAAAGCCCGUGCCGAAAACUCUGAGCACUACUUCUGUGAGCGGCACUUUGUGUCUGGUGCCACCAUGUCCACCGCAUUGGCUGUACGGGGCCAGUUGCUAGGCCAGCUUCGGGCAUCAGGCUUUGUGCGGUCACGUGGCGGUGGUGACAUUCGUGACCUCAACACCAACUCCGACAACUGGGCUGUGGUCAAGGCAGCUCUCUGUGCGGGCUCCUACCCGAACCUUCUGAGAGUUGACCGGGAGCGCCGGCAGCUGGUUGCCCAGCGUGCCUCCCGAGUGCGGUUCAGCUCACGUUCAGUCCUGUCCCAGCCGGAGCCUUUUAGUUUGGGUGCACCAGCAGCAGCCAACACUCGUGACGGGGUUGUGGCCUCCCUGCCCACUGACUGGCUCAUCUAUGGCGAGUUGGCCAGAGCGGGACCCACAGCCUUUGCCAACAUGUGCACACUGGUCUCACCUGUAACAGUGGCACUGUUUGCUGGCCCCCAGCGUCUACCUCUGGAUGCUCUGUAUGAGCCACAAAAUGCACGGACCACUGGCCUUGGAGAGGACAGUGACAGUGAAGAAGAAGAGGAGUCAGAGCUGCAGAAGUGCAUGCUUAAGCUGGAUGACUGGAUUUCUCUCAAGGCAGAGCCUGAGGGUGGUCGUCUGGCAUUACAGCUGCGCCAGAAGCUGCAGGCAUUGUUUCUGCGUCGCAUGCAUUCCCCGGCCAAGCCAUGGUCACAAGCGGAUGACGCUGUCAUUCGUGCCGUUGUGGGGGUACUCACAUCGGAGGAAGAGGCCCUGAAUCUGCCGCGACCACCUCCAGGCAUUGGACAGCGACCACGGCCUUCUGGCCCAGAUGCGUACACCUUGCCACAACCAGCUGCAAGUGAUCACAGGAGCCAAGGUGGGGCAGAGUGCUUUUCCGGCCGCCGAGCGGUCCUCCGCCGUGGUGGGUCCCUAGAGUAUGGCCCGAGCUCAUCACCAUCCUCCCGCCGAGGCUCUGGCGCCAGCCUACCGGCAACUCCCUUGGGCAUGGGGCGCUCAGAUGCAGGUAGCUCGUGGUGCUCCGAUGACCGUUCCGACUGCUCAUCCUUGCGCUCAACAAGCAGCGGCCAGCCGAGCCCCUGUGACAUGAGCCCCAGGCACACCGUCAAUGGCCAUCGUCGAUUUUUCAUCAUCAAGGCUGGCACCCACCGAGCCGUGGACGUGUCUCUCUCGACAGGCCUGUGGUCCUUGGGGCCCAAUACAGAUCGCAAGAUACAGGCAGCCAUCAGGGAAGGCAAGGAAGUGAUGCUCAUAUUUUCGGUGCAUGGAAGUGGGCAGUUCCAAGGCUACGCUGUGCUCCAAGGACCAGCCUCCAACAUGAACUGGCCCGCGGAUGAAAAUGAUGGCAGCUCGGGCGGACGCUGCUACUUCAUCAAAUGGAAACACAGGUGUAACCUGCCUUUCCAGGACACGAGGCACCUGUUGAAUCCCUGGAAUGAGAACCGGAAAGUGCAGGUCAGCCGAGACGGCCAGGAACUUGAGCCCAGUGUUGGUGAGGCCCUGUGCCAUCUUUGGGAUGGCCGUCCUGAUGCUGCUGCCAUCCAGUCCGUUAGGCGUUGACAGGACGUAGUGUUUCUGGUUUGGCUCCCAGUAGCCACCACUGAGAAGUCGGGGACACGCUGCUUGCGGGAUAUACCACAUGGUCCAUGCUGGCAAAAAGAACACAAAAUUGUGUUGGUUGUUUUGGACGCUCUGCCCCCAAGUACUAUCAUGCCCUUUUUUUGUGUGUGGUGCAUUGAGUCUCAAGCUCAUCUUGCACACAGCUGUGCAAAGCAUCAACAUUUGCUGCUUCACUUUUUUUAAAAUUUUGUUUGUUUUACAUUUCAAUCAUUGAAACACGAUGCUGCAAAUUCAUAGCAUCAAGCAGCUAUUACAGGUACAAUGUGCUACGUUUAUGUUGUCACAUGGUUUGAGUUCUCGUGUGACAAAUAACUCAUUAAGUCAGUUUUGUUAGUCCAGAUAGGCCAGCGUAACUAUAAAGUUCUUGAAAAUUUGAGAAUAUUUGUGCCAAUUAUGAGAAA